AUGGCAGGGGAGCCUAACUGCUUCGGAUGGGCCGCUCACGAUGCCAAUGGAGUGCUCGUCCCUUUCAAGUUCACUCGCAGACCCACAGGACCAGACGACGUGAAUUUGCGUAUUACGCACUGCGGGAUGUGCCAUGCAGAACUGGUGUGGUUAUUCAACAAGCUCGGGGAUAGCAAGUAUCCCAUGGUGCCAGGGCACGAGGUUGUGGGGGUGGUUACGGAAGUGGGUUCGAAUGUAACACGAUUCAAAGAAGGGGAUCGCGUAGGCGUCGGAGGGGUCGUUUAUUCCUGUCGAGAGUGCGAAAUUUGCAAGGAUGGUAUGCAACAGGUUUGUGACCAGAGGGUCCUGACCUACAACGACUACGAUCGUGAUGGUACUCUAACAGCUGGAGGAUACUCAAGCCACAUGGUCUGCAACCAAGAUCAUGUUGUGGCCAUCCCAGAGAACCUAUCUAUGGCUGAGGCUGCACCUUUGUUGUGUGCUGGGAUCACAGUUUACAGCCCUAUGACGCGGUUGGGUAUGAACAAAGCUGGCCAAACUCUUGGUGUCAUAGGUCUAGGAGGAUUGGGCCACAUGGCUGUGAAAUUCGGAAAAGCUUUUGGGAUGAAGGUUACCGUCAUGAGCACAUCCGAGAGCAAGAGGGAAGAAGCACUGUCAGUUCUUGGAGCAGAUACUUUUGUGAAUACAUCUGACCCUGCUCAGCUUGAGGCUGCUCGGAACAGUAUUCACAAUAUAAUGGACACUGUCCCUUAUGAACAUGCGCUUGAUCUCUAUCUUCCGCUGAUGAAACCCAGGGGCCAUCUUGUACUUGUGGGAUUCCCUCACGAGCACAAGUUUGCACCUCAUCAUCUGAUUUUGGGCUUUAAGAGUAUUACUGGAAGUGUCACAGGAAGCAUGGCAGAGAUUCAAGAAAUGCUUGACUUCUGUGCAAAGAAAAAUGUUACACCAAUGAUUGAGAUGGUUGAUAUCAAGGACUGCAACGAGGCCCUUACAAGAAUGUUGAACAAGGAUGUCAGAUAUCGGUUUGUCAUCGACAUUGAGAAAACGCUUGUGAAUCCUACCUGACGUGACGGAGGUUUGCCAAUUCGGGGUCUACAGUUGGUUCAGAACGAACCAACUGUAGACUUCUCAUGAACCAACCUCUGAGCUCGAAUCAGAAUGUCUAAAAUUAAAAGAAACUCAUUGUCAUCGUGCAGUAGCUUCCAAUACUUAGUACAGAGAACGUAAUACCUGAGGAGCUGGGACCUUGAGCUUGGAAGGUGUUUCCAUUGUAUAGAGUUUCGACGGGCUCCAGACCUGGUCAGUGUUCAGUCGUCACAAGUAUUUGAGCAUCCAAUAACUCGUUGAAUGCUGAAAACACAAUUGACUGUCAACAGUAGAACCUGGAACAAGAGGACUUUUUUUCUCUUUUUCGGCGCAUUCUGGACUACGUGCCAGUAAGUGCCACUUUGCAAAUUUGAAGAUAUAGCUCCACGCUACACGGGGCUGGUCGAUGCGUUCGCCAAGAUCGUGAAGACGGAGGGAGUGGGAGGUCUAUGGCGAGGCGUCGGGCCCAAUGUCCAACGCGCGUUUCUGGUGAACAUGGGGGAGCUGGCGUGCUACGAUGCGGACAAGCAAUUGGUCCUCGAGAAGGGAUUUUUUGGCGACAACAUCGGGGCGCACACUUGCGCUUCCGUCAUGUCCGGCCUGUCGGCCACCAUUCUCAGCUGCCCGGCGGACGUGGUGAAGACGCGGAUGAUGAACCAAGCUCGCCACGAUCCUGCUUCUGCUUCCCAGAAUUUCUUUCCCUUGUUCAUAGCUCGUCCUUGCUUGCAGUCCUGUUAAUGUCCUCGUGCAUUGAAAGGGAAGCAUCGGGAGGGAAGUACAACCGAGUCGAAAGUUCCAAUUGGCAGAAGGAAAAGGUGACAGGUUGUGCCUUUUGUGCAGCCCAGCUGAAACAGCAUCCGACAUAAGACGGCCCCGCUGGAAAUUCUCUCGAGCCAGAGGUGAAGUGCGGCUCGGAGAGUCUUCCAUCGCCGGUCGACGAGACCGGGCGUACUUUGUAAAGUCUGUGGUUGAGGGAUGUAGAGUCGAGGAGGACGAGUUUCUUCAUUUUGAGCUUGGUUUCUUGUUUGAGAAGGUGGCCAAUAAGAGUGAAGGUGUGAAUAGAGAAUCUACACAAAUCUCGGUGAAUCUUUGAGAGGGGAGUUGCCGUUGCUCAUGGCGGAGGAAGAAUUCAACUGGAUGCAUGAGUAGUUAUCAAUCAAGCCAUGCAAGAGAGUGAUAAAAUAAAAAGAUACAUUAAAAUUUAGCAAUGCAACAAGAUGAUGAGAUUCUGUGGAGACAAAGCUGUACGUGUUCAAAAUAUUUCUUGCAUUCACAAUUUUGGAAUAAGUAUGUUAAUUGUAUCCAGUCUACGAUACGUCUGUCAGUCCACCGCAUGU